AAGUUGUCUCUAAAUAGAAUAAAAAAGAAUAAUUCUAGUCUCUCUGGCGCUUGAAAGACAGCUCCUUUUUCUUCUUCGUUUAUAGAGAGAGGAAAUCAAGGACAAAAGACGAUCUCCAUUGCCACAAACCUCUCUCUAUCUUCUCUCUUCUCAGAAUGGGGCUGUCUUUCACCAAGCUCUUCAGCCGGCUUUUUGCCAAGAAAGAGAUGCGUAUACUUAUGGUGGGUCUCGAUGCUGCUGGUAAGACGACUAUUUUAUACAAGCUCAAGCUCGGCGAGAUUGUCACCACCAUUCCAACCAUCGGAUUUAACGUGGAGACUGUGGAGUACAAAAACAUUAGCUUUACCGUCUGGGAUGUUGGGGGCCAAGACAAGAUCCGACCUUUGUGGAGACAUUAUUUCCAGAACACACAGGGAUUAAUCUUUGUUGUUGAUAGCAAUGACAGAGACCGUGUGGUUGAAGCCAGGGAUGAGUUGCACAGAAUGUUGAAUGAGGAUGAGCUCAGGGAUGCAGUGCUGCUAGUAUUUGCAAACAAACAAGAUCUUCCUAAUGCCAUGAAUGCAGCUGAGAUUACUGAUAAGCUUGGUCUCCAUUCGCUUCGUCAACGUCACUGGUAUAUCCAGAGCACAUGUGCAACCUCAGGUGAAGGGUUGUACGAGGGACUUGACUGGCUUUCAAACAACAUUGCCAACAAGGCUUAGGUGGUUGUUUAAUUCGCAAUUUUGUGUUGGCUGAAGAACAAGAAAGGAUGAUGAUACAGUUUGUUGUGUUUGUUAUUGUUUUAGAUUUGGUAUGUUGUUAAAUUGUUUUGUUGUACCGUGUUUCUGCGUUCUCUUGCAAACGCUGACGUUUUGUUACUAAAUAGUGUUCCACAAUAAUUCAUAAAUUUCCUCCUCGAAA